AAAUCUACGUAUGACGUGAUUUUUCUAUUUAAUAAAACAUUUUUCUGAAUGAACGUAACAUCUGAAAUGGAAUGGCAAAUAAAAUGGAUAAAAGAUUUUUCUCUUUGUUUAAAUAUGAUACAACUUUUUCUUACUCAUAAAAUCCAUACUGUAAAGAUAAAGUAUACUAUGUAUAGUAUUUAAAGAAAUACCUAUCGACAGUCAUAUGUUACAGCGAUUGUUAAAUCGAGAGUUUUUUUUUUACCUUAUAGCACCAUGUUUUCCAAACACAUCUGAGAAAUUGAAAUAACUUUUUUCAAUACAAAAUGAUGGAGGAAAAUACACAAGAUCAGUUGUUUAAGGCUGUAGAAGGUGGAAACUUGUCUAUUGUUUUAAAGUGUAUUUCUAAAAUUGAAAAUUUAAAUCAGGAAAACUCUAAUGGUCAAACUGCUCUAAUUUUAUCUGCCGAGAAAGGGUUUGUAGAUAUUGUUCGAGAGUUGUUGAAUCAUGAUGUUGAAGUUAACCAUAGGGAUGAGGAUGGUCGAACAGCAUUAAUUGAAGCAGCGAAGCGAGGUUCCAUUGAGAUAGUUACUCUUCUUCUUGACCAUGGUGCAAAGUUCAUCACAGAUUUGGGUGGUUGGACACCAUUAGUCUGGGCCAGUUACAAAGGAAAUACAGAAGUUGUUCGUCAGCUUCUUUUGCAUGCAGCUAAUCCAAAUGAGCGUGGACAGUAUUCAAUGACUCCUUUAAUUUGGGCAUCUGGUCGAGGUCAUUCAGAAGUUGUACGAGUACUUGUUCAACAUGGCGCAAAAGUUGAAAUUGCUGACAAAUAUGGCACUUCUGCAUUGAUAUGGGCUUGUCGAAAAGGUCAUUUAGAAGUAGCUAAGAUAUUAAUUUCGAAAGGAGCUAGCUGUGAUGUUGCUGGAACGCAUAGAUGGACUCCUCUUAUAAUGGCAUCAAAGGGUGGGUUUACAGAAAUGGUGGUUCUUUUGUUAGAGCAAAAGUUGAAUGUAAAUGCUAUUGACCAGGAUGGAAGAACAGCUUUAUCUUGGUCAGCUGUUGAAGGAUAUUCUGAAAUUGUAUCGAAGUUAUUGGAAAAUGGUGCUCAAGUAAACAUACCAGAUAAAAAUGGACUAACACCAUUAAUGUUAGCAGCAAAAGAAGGGCAUACUGCAGUAAUAAAAAUUUUGCUAGCAGCAAGUGCAAAAGUGGAUACUACAGAUAAUGAAAAGAGAACAGCACUUUACUAUGCAGUAGAUCAAGGUCAUUUGGAUGUCGCUACAGAACUUAUAAACAAUGGUGCAAGCUGCAACCAUAGAGAUAAAGAUGGAGAGACUUUGUUAAUUCGAGCUGCAAAAAAAAAGCACACACAGUGUGCUAAAGUCCUUUUAGCCAAUGGGGCUGAUUCUAAUGCAUCUGACAAGAAAGGAGAUACUCCUCUUCACAUCGCCGUUCAAAACAGACAUUACAGUAUGUGUGAGGUUUUGGUAAAAGAUGGUCACUGCAGUGAAGAACUAAACUUUAAUAACAAAACAGGUGAAGUAUCAAUAGAUAUAGCAAGACCAACAAAUGUUUCAUGUGAUGAGAAGAUGGAUCAAAAUAAUGUUUAUUUGACAACUUUGGCUGAUUUUUUUGUUGACCCUUCGUUAUCUGUUCCUCUAAGUGUUGGUUUAUUCUCAAAAAAGGAAAACGGAAAAUCUCCGUAUGCGCAGAAAAUUAUGAAACUUAUGGAGCAGUAUCGAGAACACGAGAACAUAUCUUCGUUUUUGUUAACUAUGUCUGUUGUCAUUUUCAUUGUAAUGACUGCAACAACAAUUGGAUUGUUUGUUUGGAUAUCGUUUACAUGGAUUGAUGCUAUUGCUACAGCAAUCGUUAUUGUUAUACUUACGCUUGCAUUAAUAGCAUUUGCUCGCAUAGCUUUGUUGAGUUUUAACAGUUAUAUAAAUUACGUUGGAGUGUUAUUAACCAAUUUUUUAAAUAGAAGUUUGUGGUUCUUAAAAAUUCUUUAUUUAGUUCCAUUAUCUAAUGUAUCUGGUUCAUCGGUUUUACCUGUUCAUAUUAUAACUAUUGAUCUUUCUUCAAAUUUUUUUUCCAGUAAUUCACCAAUCACUGCUUUAGUAAACAUGACCAACGAAUUGACUGAUGCAAUAGAAAAAGAUAUAGGUAUGUUUAUUCCUAGGCUUUACAGAAUAUUUCAAGCUAGUCCUAAUACAUUACAAAGUAACAACUCUUUACGUUGGAAAAAAUCAUGCUGCUGCAUUCCUUCUAUUGUAAUAACACUUGGAGUGCUCUUUUGCUUGUGGGUAAGCAUCAUUUUGUACGGAGUUUUUGGUAUCCAUGGAACUAGCGCUAUUGUUGCCAUCCAAAUUGCUUGUUGUUGUGUAUUGAUUUGUGCAUUGUUAGUCUACAUUUUACGCUUCAUACUUAUCGUAUACUGUCUAGUAUUAUCAACGAAGAAAAGAAUUCGUAUAAUGUCUAAUCAGCCAAAUAUACAAGAAGAAACUUUUGUGUCAGUUUUAAAACAAGAAAUAGAUUUAAACUCUGAUAUGAUUUUGUCUAUUGAUGGAUUUGCUCGGCGUCAAACUAGAAUCAUUUUGAAUGUCGAUUUUCAUGAAACACUUGAACAAGAUAAAGUUCUGCAUUUAAUAAACUUAUUGAAUAUUUUAUUAUGCGAUGCCAAACAAAGUUUUAUUAUAGUGAUAUCAGCAGACCCUGCUUUACUUACAAAAGCUGCAAAUCAAAUAUAUGAAAAUCUUGGUGAUUCGCAGAAAGUAGCAUAUGAUUUCUUAAAGAGUUUAUUUAAUCUUCCUUAUUUUAUACUUGAACCAUUAAAAAUGAAAAUGAAUGGGAUAAUACCUCCAGAGUAUCAAAAAGAAAUAGGUAUGAUAUCAAGUGAUAACCAGGAGGAACUAGAAUGGGAUCUUAAUGACGGUUUUCAAAUUUCAAAUGAGUUGCUUAAUCGUUCUAUUAGCAGUAGAGAUGAUCGUCCAAUUAGUGAGCGUGAAGACACACGACUUUUGUCCAAUCGUUCACCCAAACUAUCUAUUAAAGAGAUAUCACCUUGUAAAAGUGACGAACAUUCUGUAUCAUUAGAAAACAUACAUGAUCUAUCUUAUUUAUUUAGAAAUGACGAAUUUGGAUCUGUGGCUGACAUUAAACGCAUUAUGAAUAUUGUUUCAUUAAAUGGAAGAAUUUUGCGCAAUGCUCAUGUACCUUUUCAGUGGACUCAACUUGCAAUAUGGGUAUCACUCUGUGAUCAAUGGCCUUGUAAAUCUACUUGGAUAACAAUUUUAUGUUUAGACGGCGAAUUAAACAUACCUGAAAGAAUGAAAGUUAGUCAGGUUAAUAAAUUGUAUGGAUAUGGAAUACCAACUAUUUCUUCAACUUUUUUAGGUAAUGAUUCUGAUAACAGUAGUUUUGACUCGUUCAUUUCUUCUCAUAAGCCAUCAAUAAAUGUUGAAGAUGUUAGAAUCUUUGCUCCUUUUAUGAUAUAUAUGGAUCCUGCAAUACGAAAUGCUAUAGUGGAGUACUUGAUUGCAAAUAGAAGUCGCUCCCCGAAAGUAUGUUCUCGUUCCAGCACAUUCUCAGCAAGCAAGAGUAUUGCGAAUAGUGAUCAUCAGUUAUUGUAUAUGACAGUUAAAGAUAUUGCAUAUCAGCUUGCUGAGAUUGAUGGAAUGGAUGAUUCAUUAGUACCUAUUUAUAAAAAUCGAAUUCUUGAAAAUAACAUAAAUGGUCGUGUGCUGGCGACGUGCGACUUAAAUGAACUUCGCGACGUCAUGCAGAUGAAAUUUGGCGAUUGGCAACUUUUUAAAGUGUGGAUUAUGCAAAAUUUUCAAAAAAAUCAUAGUUUAGUCAUGAGAUUUCCUGGCAAUUAUAAUGCAUUUAGCGAGGAUAACAGUUUCAUCGAUGAAACUCCACGUUUUAAGCUGGAACAUCAAGAAAGUUUUACUAAAGGUAACGUUUUUAACAAUUUUGAACCGGUAACUUCAAAUUUCCAACCAGUUAAGAAUAUGAAAUGGAAUGCACCAAAUUGUUAUAAAAUGUCUCCAUCAAAUUCUCCUCGAUUUCGUAAGCAGUUUAAACGGAUGAUAGUAAAUGAAGAAAUAACGCCCAAAGAUACUGAUACUCAUGCUGCAUUUAUGGGUGUAGAAAAUGGUUGGAGUCUCUCUGCAGAUUCUGGUUUUGCAAGUACUGAUGUAGAUCAUAACAUGAAGCUCGCACUAAGAAAAAACUCAUUACCAGAAAGAAAAAAUAAUAAAACUAUUGAAAAUCCUCAGCGUUCUGUAGAUUGUCCUGAUACCGCUAAGAAUCUUGAGUUUGGAAACAGAUUAUCUCCGGAAUUCGCAAACUUAUCUCCAGAGAGAUUAGAAAACUCUUUAACUAAAGAUUCUUGUCAAUAUAAAUUGAAUAAAAGUGAUAAAGUUGACCAAGUCUCAUUUGGAGUGAAUAAAGAUAGAGUUACAUAUAAAUCUAGUUUAAGACCUAUUUCGUUAUCAGAAGUUCCUUUACCUCCUGCAUACAUGCUAGAUCAAUCUGACAUUUGGCCUGUGGAUCCACCAUCUGAAUUUAUAGACGACAUUGACAUGAGUUAUUCAUCUUCUCCGUCGAUAGGAGUAGAUAGAAAAAUGGUGUUGAAAUAUGCUGCUAAAUAUCAAAGUAUGUCAACCCAUAUUUCAUCUUCAACCGAUACUGAAGAUCACAUAAUAAUGUGUGAAAAAAAUAACGAGCAUUUAUGUUAAUAAAAAAAUCGUUUUAAAAAAUUGAUUGUUACUAUAUAGUUUUUUUGCGUUAAUGUUAAAAUGUAAAUAUUUAUUUUUUCAUCUAUUUCAA